AUGAUAAAAAAUAACAAAAACUAUGGAUUUUAAAAAUAUAUUUUGUCGUUUAUGUGCUGAAUUACAGCCCGAUUAUAAUUUAUUAGAAAUUACGGACGAAAAAGCAGUUAAUAUGAAUUUAGCAAAUAAAAUAAUGCAAUGUUACAAUGUAAAAAUUACCGCUGAUGAUAUCUUACCGAGACAUGUAUGUUCGAAUUGUUGUGACAAAGUGACCAAUGCAUUCGAAUUUCAUGAAUUAGUUCAUAAAUCACAAGAAUUUCUAAUGAAGCAAAUGAAUGUUGAUCCAAAUUUAAUGUAUAUUGAAGUGAAGCAAGAAAAGAUUGAUACUGAUGCGUGCACAAAUGAUGAUUUAGGUUUAAACGAUGAUAAUUACGGCGAUGAUUUUCCAGCAGAUACAAAAAUGGAGAAUGAUUCUGAUAAUGAUAACUCAGAAGAUGAAAAACCUCUGCUAGAAAGAAAAUUUACCAGAAAAUGUACACUAAAGGAUUCACAAAAUAAUUCAAGACGAGAUUAUGAAUCAGAAAGUGAAGAUGAAUUUGAAAUCAAAGAAACAAAAAAAAGAAAAGGUCAAGGAAAAUGGAAAUGUGUUGAAUGUAACAUAUUUUUAUCAAGUCAUCAGAAAUAUUGUAGUCAUUAUUUAAAUGUUCAUAAAAAAGCAGCAGAGUAUCCAUGCCCUGAUUGUCCAAAAAAAUACGAUAAACAUGAAAGUUUUUUAUCUCAUAGGCGUGUUCACAAUGGACGAUUUAUUUGUAAAAUAUGUACUAAAUCUUGUUAUGACGAUUCUUCAUUAAAACGGCACAUGUAUACUCAUUCAUCGUUAACACCUUAUCCAUGCAUGGAAUGUAAUAAGUCUUUUAAAACAGACGAAUCUUUACAACGUCAUCAAAAUAUACAUUUACCUGAAGAAGUUAGAAAGAAAAAACCAAAAAUGUAUCAAUGUGAAUUAUGCCACAAAAAAUUCAUGAAAGAAGCAAACUUGAAAUUCCAUAAAGAGAACCAUGACCCUGGAGAGUCACCUAAAAUUUUUGUUUGUGAUCAGUGUGGCAAUAAUUUUACGCGUAAAGCUCAUUUAGAACGACAUAUGUCAACUCAUUUAAAUGUAUUUCCAUUCCGAUGCGAUAAAUGUCCAAAAGCAUUUAAACAUGAAGAUAAUUUAAAUCGUCAUAAACAAUGUCAUGUAGAAGGGGAACCAUUUAAAUGUGACGUAUGUUUACGACCAUUCCGACAUAAACGUGCAUUAAAACGUCACGCACAAAUUCAUACCAAUCUACUGCCUUAUGAAUGCGAAUAUUGUCAUAAAUGUUUCAGAGAAAAAUCAUUUUUGAAGAUUCAUUUACGACAACAUACGGGAGAACGACCAUAUUCAUGUCUGGAAUGUAAUCAUAGUUUCGCAAAUGAUUCAAAUUUUAUAAAACAUUUAAAAGGGCGCCAUGGUUUACAAAAUGUAUCAGUAGCAAAUCAACGAGUCUAUCCAUUUAUUAAAAAGACUGAAGAGCAAGUUUAA